AACUCGGCGGGUCUUCGCGCGACGUUCUCUGACGAAUUCCGUGUUGGGAGACGGAAAAUCCGCGAUUCGGAUGCGAUAAGAGUGAGGCGGUAAUCGAGCCGGGUGGAUCGCGGUACGCCAUGAAUUUGAUUAUGCUGGCCGUCGUGACGGCCGUCGCGGCGCAAACUAUCAUGCCUGAUGAGGAGGAAUCCGAAACAGUAUUCCAAUCUGUGGACGCUGUGCUAUCGAGAAGCGCUACAUUACCCUGCGACAUAGAGCCUGUUGUUAAAGAAGAUAGGGUGUAUAUGGUGCUAUGGUAUAGAGAUGGGCACAGCAAACCUAUUUACAGUUUCGACGUGAGAGGAAGGCCGUUCAAUAAGGCCCUGCAUUGGACCGAUCCGAAAAUAUUCGGGCCCCGGGCGUACUUUGUCACGGUAUCCAAGCCGGCUGCGCUCACGUUGGACGGGGUCCAGCUGGACGACGAAGGAGUGUACAGAUGUAGAGUCGAUUUCAAAGUCUCUCCCACCAGGAACUUCGCCAUCAAUCUUACGGUUAUCGUUCCACCCCACCAGCUUCUUAUCUACGAUAAUUCCGGAAGGGACGUCAAUCAAACCAUCGGCCCUUUAGAAGAGAAAGCCGAUUUGAUAUUGACUUGCGAAGUUAGAGGAGGUCGGCCGGCGCCGACGGUCUCCUGGUUCAUGAACGAGCGCCUGAUCGAGGGGCGCGUCGAGGAGAUCGGCAACCACAUGACGGUGAACAAGCUGCGGAUCGCCGGCGUCACCAGGGACCACCUCAACUCCACGUACAAGUGCCAGGCGAGCAACACCAAGCUGAUGAUGCCCGCCGAGAAGACGGUCCGGCUCGAAUUGCUGCUGCGGCCGCUGUCGGUGGAGAUCAUCAACAAGCCGAGGCAGCUGAUCGCCAACGAGGAGAUAUCGGUGCAGUGCGAGGUGGAGGGUUCGAGGCCGAAGGCGGCGGUCACCUGGAGCAGGGACAACAGGCCGUUUCGGCGCGGGAAGGUUAUCUCGCAGGAGAACGAUACUUCUGUGAUUACCACGCUGACGUUCGUGCCGGUGCCGGAGGAUGAUAAUAGCAUUUUUAAGUGCGUCGGGGAGAACCCCAAGUUGGGGGGCGUCGGGCUGGAGGAUUCCUUCAAAUUCAACGUGGUUUAUCCUCCGCAAGUGGUCCUUCAUCUGGGAAAUACCUUAAAUCCGGAAGACAUAAAAGAAGGAGACGACGUUUACUUCGAAUGCAGCAUCAAAGCGAAUCCCAAAGAACACCGAAUCCUCUGGUAUCACGAGGGUAACGCAGUGACUCAAAACGUGUCAUCGGGCAUCAUCAUCAGCACCCACAGUUUGGUGCUUCAAAAGGUCACCAGAUGGCAGGGAGGCUCCUACAAAUGCCUAGCCGCCAACGCCCGAGGAGAAACCGCCAGCGAACCGGUCAAUUUAAGAAUCAGAUUCGCGCCGGUGUGCGCCAAAGACGGCGACGUGACCGUCAUCGGCGCCUCCUUGGACGAGAUACUGAAGGUGAUGUGCUCGGUGUCGGCCGAUCCCAACGACGUCGACUUCCUCUGGCAGUUCAACAACAGCGGCGAGAGCUUCGACGUGUCGCCGGCCCGCUUCGUCACCACCAGGGGCAACGUCAGCGAGCUGAUGUACACGAUGGAAUCGCAACGGGACUACGGUACGCUGACCUGCACCGGCACCAACGCCAUCGGCAGACAGGCGGAGCCCUGCGUCUUCCAGGUGGUGCCGGCGUCGAAACCGAGCGCCUUGACCAACUGCACGCUGCGCACCGUUAGUAAUCAGUCGUCGGAGGCGGUGGAGGUGGAGUGCCGGGCCGGCUACGACGGCGGGCUGCCGCAGCGCUUCGUGCUCGAGGCCUUCGACGCGCAAACCAUGCGGCUCAAGUACAACGAGUCGAUGGCGGACGUCGAGGUGCCGGUGUUCCGGGUGGAAUUGAACGCGCUGCUGCCCUCCGAAUCGUCCAUACGCAUCGUGGUCUACUCGGAGAACGCCAAGGGCAAGAGCGAGAGGAUCGUGCUCGACGACAUAUUGCUCAACGACGCCGAAAAACGCACUGAUGGCAACAACAACGUAAGUUUGGUCCCGCUGGCGGCCAUCCUCACGGGAUCCCUCCUAACGCUGGGCCUGGCCGUUCUGCUGAUAGUAGUGAUAGCGGUGAGGCGGAAACGAACGUGCAACGGAGAGGCGCAUUGUCCUCAUCACAUCAACAUCGACGCUUCCAAGCAAAAGGUAAAGUCCAGGCAGGGCUCGUUGUUGGAGAUCAACACGGGGGACAGCAGGUACGUGCUGGCGUACACGUUGAAACCGGCCAGCGAUUGCACGCCCGCCACGCAAUUCACCACCAUGUCUUCGUCGCCGGACAUAUUGAACACGCCGCGAAGUGCGGAGACUUCCUUAGGGACAAUAGGUAGGCCGGAUUACCUCUGCACGACCACCACCACUACAACUACUACGACAUUCGAGAACCUCGCGCGAAAUCAGCCGCCGAGUUCGUCGAGCGACAGCCUGAGCAGGAGGCUCCGGGACGGCACUUAUACGAACUUCACGACGCGAAGAGACCACAUCAUAGCCGAUUCGAUCCCGGGGCCAGAAAGUUGCGUCUAAGCGCCCCCCCCCCGCGUACUCCGCUAGUCGAAAAUUAUACGAAGUUGUUUUGUGAUAUGUACCGGACGAAUUGCGAUUAUUGUCGUUUGUGCAUGUGCAGGUCGAGUUGAGACGAUUCCCAUUGUUGUUAUGAAGUAACUAUAGAGAUUUUUUCAAUUGACAGUUUUACAUUGUUGUUAUGGUGUAACUAAGGAGAUUCUUUCAAAUGACAGUUUUACAUUGUUGUUAUGGAGUAACCAUGGACUUUGUUUACGUUAAAGAGAUUGGGCCAUUAUCAUUCAAUCCUAUCAUAGAUUGAAAAGUGUCUAAAUCGUCGAAAUUAUGAGUAAAAAAUAUCAUAAAUGAACAAACGACAAUAGUUUUUCCACGAUUAUUUAUCACAAUUUCUCUUUAGAUUUUACCCACUGCUGACUAAAAUUUAAAAGUAUUUAAAAAUUCCUGUAAUAAACGGGUCAAUUAAAUAUUUCAUAUAGAAAUUGUGAUGAAAGAAUGAUCUAAGUGUAGCACAAAUGCCAAUAGAUAUUUAUUUAUUUAUUUAUAGAAAAAACUAUCCUAAUAGACAUUUGAAAAAAAUGUUUUUCUACACCUAUCCAACUUCUGACUGAAUAGAACAAUGUAGAUAUUUAGACGUUGCUGUAAUAAAGCUUUUACGUAUGUACAGAAACGCGAAAACUACCCGGAAUUUAAAACUACAAUGAAUUUAUGAUUACCGGCGAAAGACUUACAAAUUCCCUUCAAGUAUUACAUAAUUCCCGCCCUUUUAAUGUUAUACAACAAAGAAUGAGUGAGUAAAUUUACUACCAUAGUACGCAUUUUUUGAAUGAAAUUCCAUUGAAUUUGUACACGAAUAAAUUCUAGUAUAAAAGUACCUAAAUAGGUAAAAAAAUUAAUUUGUAUCUCAUCUGGAUUUCAUUGUUAUUGCGUCUUCCUUUCGGUCUUCCGAUCAUCAGACUCACUCUUUUAUUCAUCUACAUUUAUCAUAUUACACUUUGCUAUUGAACAAUACAAUAAAUCCUGCUAAUUUCUAAUACUGAAUGAUCAAUCAAUGUUUCAUAUGGAUGUUAGAUUAACGUGUUUUUUAAAUUUUAUCUAUACAAAAUCGCCCUAUGUAUCAAAUAUUCCCUAGUGUGGUUUCAAAAGCCUACCUGUGUGGCCUAAGUCGCAACGAAAAAUGUAUUAUUUAUAUAAAAAAAUUGUAGAAUGAAUUAUUAUCGAUAAUUAAAAAAAACUAAAGUGAAUGUUUUAUUCUUUACGAUUACAUUACAAUGUUGUAGUGAAGAAUGCGCAAUUACUCGAGUAUUUUGUAAAUGGAAAAUACCCCGAAGAUCGUAGCGUUUUAGUAUAAAUUUGUACAUAACAAAAAAAUAGAUCUUUUUAGAAGAUAACAAAAUUUUGUUGUAUAAUGCUGUUUCUUACAUACUGUAAAUUUUAUAUGGAAAAAAAUGUAUAAAUAUAUGUUUAAUGUCAUUUUUUUAACAGUUAAUAAAUGAUUUAUUUCUAUCGAUUACAGAAUCCUUUCAUUUAACACACACACACUAAGUUUAUUACCCAAGUAAAUGCAUUUUUUCAAUUAAUAUAAAUUUACUCUGCAUUACGAAUUAAUGUACUAAUCGCUUCUAAAAUGAAACCUAAUCAAAUUCACAAUCGAUCAAUUAAAUUGAUCAAUAAACUAUUUCCCAAACGGAGGGUUUAGGGCAAUCUUUCCUACCGCAAAACACGUUAAAGGUCGUCUCAGUUUUAAAACCGAUAAUUUCCCGUUCCUCCUGUAUUCUAAAAGUAAACGUACUUUCAUAAGUACCAAUAAAAUAUCUCGCAUACGAGCAAAUUAUCUGAUCGAUAAUAGCUACUCCACCAUCUCCAUACUUCUCUUUAGUAUUCGAGUCCGGCGUAUACCUCAAUACUUCAAAUCCAUCUAAUAAAUUUACCAACGUUUUGUACUCUAAAAAAAUAAAAUACACAUAAAUCCUGUACAUGGAAAGUUGAGAUAUAAAUACCUUCAUUUGUACCGUCUGUAGCUACAAAAACUGUAUUUAAAUUUAAUUGUAACAGCACAGUUUUCACUUGCUCUGACACGCUCAUCAAAGUAGGCACUUCUUCGGCUCUAUUUCUCACGAAAUCCUUCCUUCUCAAGUGUAUUCCAACGUAAGGUCCACCUACAGCGCUCCGUUUAGC